AUGGAGAUACAAAAAGAACACUGUGAUGAGAUUGCAUUGAAUCCCAUUAGAACAGUUGGCAUCAGAACUACACAAAAUAGGACUGCUGAGAUGACUUACUGGACCACUGCACUUGCUGUCAAGUCUGAUAACCUCAAUUUGGUCCCCAAAUCCCACCUGGAUCUCCUGCGGAGAGCUGCAACAACGCCACAAAGGAAAGCUGCAGGUGAUGCCAGUCAGGAGCCAAAGAGAAGAUCUGCCCGGCUGUGUGCUAUGCCCGUGCCCUUUACACCAGAGGUGAAACCUACAAGAACAUCAACUCCAAAGAAACUGAAGACCUCAAAUGUUAUAGUGGAAGAAAACAAAGAUGUUGGUGCCGUAACAAUUCCUGAAACCAAGCCAGAAGAUGUUAAAGAAGAGUGCAAUGUGGAAAAUGCUGAAAAUGGAGAAGCCAAAAUUAUUGAGGCCCCCAUUCCUAAAAUGGAAACUGAGGAAAUAAAGGAACAGAUGAAUGAAGAUGCUGAAGAAGUUAGGGGAGAAGAGAACGAAGCAGUGGCAGCAGAAGGAAAAGGCCCAUUCCUAAAAUGGAAACUGAGGAAAUAA